GAAUCUUCUUCCUCAACAAUAUAUAUAUAUAAUAUUCUCUCUCUCUAGAUCUCUCUCUCUCUCUCAUGGCCAAUACGGCGGCUGCUCAUCUGCGGCCGAUCUUGUGUCGUCAGCCCAGGGCGGAGAAACCGGCGGUGCCGGAGUUUCAGAAGCUGAAGUCGGCGGCGGCGCCGGAGUAUGGGAACGGGAAGAUCGUGCUGCAGCCAAGGCUGUCCACACUUAGAUCGUACGGCGGCGAGCGGGUGGUACAGGUGGUGUUAAAGUCCGGUAGGGAAAAUGAAGUGUCGCGUUUCUUCGAGAUUCUUUCGGAUUAUGUCGAGACCUAUAAUCGGAGUCGCGAUUUUGAGAUCAUCUCCGGUCGUCUUGCCAUGAUCAUAUUUGCAGCAACACUAGGCAUGGAAAUCGUGACCGGAAAUUCAGUAUUCCGAAAAACGGAUAUUCAAGGAAUAGAGGAAGCUAUAGGUGUUUGCAUGGCAGCUGUAACUAGCGCUGCCGUUUUCGCUUGGUUUUCAAGCAACCGUACCAGAGUCGGAAGAAUCUUUACUGUUGGAUGCAACACAUUUAUUGAUUCCCUCAUUGAUCAAAUCGUCGACGGAAUAUUCUACGAUACUGAUAUCAGUGAUUUGUCGGACGAAAUCUAAACUUUUUUUUUUAAUAACUAUCGGUGGAAAAUAUACGGUUUUUGAUGAUCUCUGAGAUCAUCUUGCAAUUAUAGGAAGUUCGAAUACUUUUAUGGAUAUAUUAUUGCUUGUAAAUAGAUAGGUUGUUAGAUAAUCGAAGUUGUCUGAAAAAAUAAUCGAUGCCCUAGUCGAUAUAUUACUGGUUUUUCUUUUUUAAACCAGAGUUGUAUUCGGUCAAGAUAAUUAUAUUAAAGAGUGCUGAAUUAUACUGUAAUAUAUUUUUAUUUU